AUGGGUUCAGGUAACAAUGAUCCCUCGAACUUGGAGGGCGCCUACUUUGGAAAUCAUGAUUCGGUUGUGAAGAUAAUGGAGAGUCAAUCAAUAGAGCUAAAAUAUGCAUAUUUCCUGCUCAAAAUGCUACUAGCUGUGAUCCAUCGCCACAAGUACGUUGCAGCUCACAUCAUUUGCAAUGAACUCCCUGAAUUGAUUUCACAGGCACCAAUUACAGUGUAUCAUGUAAUGGUGACAUUUUAUGGAGCCCUUGCAUUAAUUGACAAGUACCCAAGGUGCGAAUCAGAUGAGGUUCAAUUGAAUAAAUUUGCGAAUGAUUUGGAUAUCUGGUCAAAGCAAUGUCCAAGCAUGUUUCUUCAUAAGUAUCUGCUCAUCAAGGCAGAAAUGAAUGUUGAUAAAUGCAACAGUAUUGUCACUCUGGAUACUUAUGAGGAUGCUAUUAAGUACGCUCUAGACGGUGGAUUUAUCCACGAAGCGGCAAUUAUCAACGAACGGUGUGGCGAUUACCUUCAGUUACACUCGAAGCAACGAAGUUUGACUUAUAUCAAGGAAGCUUGUCGGCUUUAUUCACUGUGGGGAGCUCAACGAAAGGUUGCACAGCUGAGCUCUAAAUAUGGUGAAUUAGCUUCACCCACAUAUGAACUGUCGCGUAUGAGUCUCUCAUCUAGUGAUCUCCAAUCUUCAGUUAUAAACGAUUUCCGACAACGCUCCUCGUUGCCACAAGGAAAUUUCCUUCUGCAAAAUAGUUCGCCCUUGAGAUGGAUUUUGUCUAAUUUAUUUAGGGAAGAAUCAACUGAUGGUGGUAACAGUUCAGAUAAACCAGAAGAUCCAUUGAAUGCCUCAUUUUCAACACGGUCUAUUAGAUUAGUACGCAAUUUUAGUGAUGAUGGAAAGAGCUCUGUUGGCCUGUACUCCAGCAACAGCAGUUCUCGUCAAGGGGAUCAUGACCAGGAGUUCAAGGCAGCACUUCAGGCAUGUCUUGAUAUUUCAGAGUCUAUUGAUAUGGGAUCCAUUAUUACCGAAUUGGUAGAAAGUGUGAUGAGAACUUUGGGUGCUGAUUAUUGUGCAUUUAUUUCAUUGGAUGAAGACGGUGAGCUGUAUGUUGAUGCCAUAGGCAUUUUGAACGGAGUGAACAUCGUUCCUCACGAGCCACUUAUAGUCAGAACAGAUGCUGCACCAAUAAAUCUCUUGCAGCAAGUAAUCAGUACUGGUUCAUCAGUCAACCGAGGCUCAGAUCCUAAGCGGUUUGAAAAUGUCUAUGGCAGAGAUAAUUACUUCAAUCAGCGACAUUCCCAGUCUGUGCUUUGUCUUCCUAUACAGAAUCAGCUCAAGAUCAUUGGUGCCUUGUAUGUGGAACACCAGAGUCUACCCAAGGUUUUCACUGUCCCCAAGAUAGAAUUGUCCACAUUGCUAUGUACAGCAGCAGCAGUUUCGAUCGAGAAAGCCAAAUUGUAUCAACAAAUGGAUCUUGCUAAAAAAGCAGCAGAGGAAGCUACAGCUGAGAAAGCAAGCUUCUUAGCUAAUAUGUCGCAUGAGAUCCGCACUCCUUUCAACGCAUUGCUGUCAUGCUCUAUUUUCCUGUUGGAUACCGAGUUGAGCGAGGUCCAACGAGAAUAUGUCGAGACCAUUCGAUCCUCAGCAGGUUUAACCUUGAAUAUUAUUGAUGCCAUUCUGGCAUUUUCCAAGAUUGAACAUGGCUCGAUCACUCUUGAUAACUCACCUUUUUCAUUGAGAGAAUGUGUCGAGAGUGCAGUGCAACUUGUAGCAGAACCUGCGGCUACCAAAGACUUGGAACUUGUCUAUCUGAACAAAUGUGGAGAAAUAGACACUAUUUACGGCGACGUUACUCGGGUAAGACAGAUUAUCAUCAAUCUGGUAGGCAAUGCAGUCAAGUUCACGUCUCAAGGCCAUAUUGUAGUGGAGACGACAGUGGAGAAAGUAUCAUCAGAAAAUCGAUAUGAGUUUGUAAUCUCAGUUUCAGAUACUGGUACAGGAAUCCCAAAAAAUGCCAGAAACAAAAUCUUCCGUGCUUUUAGUCAAGUAGAUGGCUCGUCGAGAAGAGCAUACGGAGGAUCGGGUCUUGGACUAGCUAUAUCGAAGAAGUUGGCAGAAAUCAUGGGUGGUACUCUGACAUUUGAGAGUACUGAGGGCGAGGGAACUACCUUUUGGUUCACACUGGUGGCCACUGCUCAGAAACCAUCGGAGAAGGAUGUUCGCAUGUAUCGAGGAAAGAGAUGUCUGAUUGCAGAUGGUCAUAAUACGGCCAAGGAAUCAUUAAAGACCGAAGUUCAACGAUUAGGAUUUGAAGUGGACCAGUGUGGUUCUGCGUCAGUGGCAGCUAAAAUAGUUAGCAGUCACGUCCCUAACUAUUACUCGUUGGUAUUCAUCGACUUCAAGCUUGUUGAAGGAGAUAAGUUCAGUGAGUCCAAGAUGAUUAAGAAGCAUAGCCCAUUGACCCAAGUUGUAUACAUGACAAUUUUUGGAGUAUCAAUUCCAGAAAAUACCGAAGAAAAGGGUAUAUCAGGAAUUCUCAUGAGACCAGUGCAACGUAGCCGACUGACGCAGAUCAUCCGUAAAAUCCUCAACUCAUCGUGGAGUAUUAGUAACCAAGUCAAGUUUGCAACGACAACACAUGAUAAGGGGAUGUUCCGGUCAUUAGCAGUUCGCCAUCCACUUAAAAUCCUGCUUGCUGAGGACAACAUGAUCAACAAGCGAGUGGCACUUCAGCACUUAAAGAGAAUGGGAUAUAAUGCCGACCACGCUAAAGAUGGCAUUGAAGUAUUGGAGCUUUGCGAACGGGAAUUGACCAACGGAAGGGCCAUGUACGACUGUAUUCUGAUGGACAUUCAAAUGCCUCGCAAGGAUGGUAUAGCAGCAGCGCAAGAUCUUAACGAACGGUACGAAGCCAACAUCCGACCAUCGAUAAUUGCGCUUACAGCCAAUGCUGCUGGUGAAGAUAGGCAGAAGUGUCUCUCAUCAGGUAUGGUCAACUACAUAGCAAAGCCCAUUCUUCCAGCCGACCUCGCAGCAGUGCUAAUGGGCGUGCAGCCCCUGAAGGAGCGGGCAAAAAGUUAG